CGAUAUUGUAGAUGUAACGUUUACUUACAUUAUCGUCUAGUAUUUGUUGUCGAGCGUAUCUUAAUUGUUUAGUUCAAUUUUUAGUUUAUUAAUCCGUAUUUUGUCAUCAAACAGUGACUCUUUAAUAAUUUUUUCAUCAUUGCGAAGGAUCGUUGUCCCUAUAUAUAUAUAUAUUUUCAUAAUUAGAUAAAACAGUGAAUAAUUACAGAGUGAAGAAAAUAUGAAUCGUGGAAACGUACAAUUUUUACUUUUACGCGUGUCAAUCGUUAUCGCGUUAUCUGUUUACGUUAACGGAUCAAAAAUUAAAGUCUGGCCAUCGUUAAUGACGGAUGAAGAUGAAAUUAAACUGGACACUUUCUUAUACGUUGUUAACAACACGAAGGAUCAACCGUGCAUUUUGGCAAACAUGUCAAUUAAUUUCAUGAUAUCGCAUGAUGAGAAAAAUACAAAUUUCAUUGUUCCAAAUGAUGCUAUGGUGCAAGGCUAUUGUUCAUCUAUAGUAUCUGAAAUGACAUUGAGUUGGAAAGAAGGAAAAACUGAUAAAAAUAACACGAUUAAAUUUACGUUCAUCAAUGAUCACACCAAUUUCACGGUUUUUUCAAUCGAUCUUAAUAUUUAUAAGGACAAAGAUAAAUUUCCAAAUGAUGCAGAUAAAUGGUUUGUAGCGAAAUCAGAUUUGGACCUCCACUUAUUCCCUGCAUUCUUGAAGAACGGAAUUCAUAAGUGUGAAAAAACAGAAGUGAAAUUGAAUGGCACUGAAUUAAUCCUGACAAACGUUUCUCUGAUUGCAUUCAAUAACAAAAAUGAUAUUUCCUCCCGUAAAGAAGUGACAACGUGCACAAAUCCCGAAAAAGACGGGACCAAUAAUAAAAUUUUCCCUUACAUUGCGAAAUGGAAGAAUAACACGAUUUGUGGAUUGUUAAGAAUGUCAGUUAUUGUACAGAUGUCGUAUAUGACAAAGGAUUUGAAGAUGAAAAGUAAAAAUAUAACAGUUCCAACCAGAACUAAUGUCAUAGAAUCUUGCACAACUGACACAUUUGAGGUGAAAUUAGUUUGGAGCUCGAAUGAUGAUGAAAAUUCAAUUUUAUUUCAUUUUUCCAAAAUAGAGAAAAAUUUGCUUCGCUACGCAAUAAUUAACAUUUUCAUGGAUAAAGAAAAUUUUCCGGAUGCUAUAAAUACAGGUAAAUAUGUAUCAGCUACAAACUCUGCUAAUUUGUUCCCCACACCCGCAAAUGGAAUUUAUACUUGCACGGAAGAAAUCGUAAUAACGACAGAAAACGACAUUAACGUUACAAUAAGCGAUAUUCUGUUGAUCCCAUUCGAUGUGGAAAAUUUAGCGUCGAAAAAGGUGGCCGAUUGUAAAAUUAAUAUUUCCGAAUAUGACUUUAAUUAUAUCGUACGAAACAAAGAAAAAAUACCUUGUAUUCUGGCGAACAUGAACAUAUCAAUUGAUAUCAAUAAUUCGGAAAAUAAGAAUAAAGAUGUGAUAAUUGUUCCAUCCAAAGUUAACGCAACUGGCAGUUGCGACACUAAGAGAUCUGAAAUGAAACUGCUCUGGACAAAAUCUGGACAAAAGGAAGAGAAUAAUAUUAUAUUUUAUAUCGCUCGCAAUAAAACUGAUAUCUUUGUUUAUCAAAUAGAGGUCAAUGUUUACGCGGAUAAUUUAGAUAAGAUACACAAAAUAUCAGACUUUAAUCUCGGUCUGUUUUCAACGCCCGGGAUUUACAAUUGCACUGAUCAGAAUUGGCAGAUAAAGCUCGACGAUAUCGUGAUUAACAUAAACAACGUUCUCUUUACCGCAUUUAAUACCGAUGAAAAUCUUAAUUCGAAAACAGUGACAGACUGUUUGGUAAAUCAAGAUUCCAGCACAUCGUCGAGCAUAACAACCGAAACAAAACCGACGACAACCGAUCAAUCGACUACGCCCGUACCAGAUUCUUACGUGAACGAGUAUAAUUACGUGGUGAUAAACGAGAAAACGCACGUGGCUUGUAUCGCGGCAAACAUGACAAUUUUUAUGAAAAUACCUUACGUGACGAAAGAAUCUAAAACGAACGAAACAGUUUUAACGAUACCUGUGGAUAGCGCGGUGAGCGGAAAUUGUGGGGACACAAAUUCGAUGAUGGAAUUAACUUGGUUGGAAAAGUCAAAAUCCAAAUCGUAUAACGUGUACGAUUCGACGUACGGGAAGAAUAACUCGUUUAAGAUUAAUUUUCAGAAAGACGAAUCGAAUUAUUUACUCCAUUCCAUCGAGUUGAACAUUUACAUGGAUGAAACAAAUUUUCCCAAUUCUAAUGAAGAGAGAUACACCGCUGUCGAAAAUAUCAAUGUAAUUUCCGCUCCUUUGAACAAUCUCUACAAAUGCGGUGAGAAUACCACUUUAAAAGUCAAAGACGUCGACGUGACCAUCGUCAACGUUACUUUGAUCGCGUUCAACACCGAGGAGAAAAUCGCCACGAAGUCGGUAAUGUGUAUUCAAGAUACAAGUUCUAACGUUGGAUUGAUAAUAGGAUGUAUCAUCGGAGGUAUUCUGAUCCUCGGUAUAUCUAUGCUGUUGAUGUAUCUAUAUUUCACCGAAUGCUUUUCAUGUUCUAUUUUUUCGAGAUCACGAUAAUAUGAGCCGUUUUUUUUCUUCUUUUUUAUUUUUUUUUGAAAGUGACACAAGUCUACUUUUGGAAAAAAUGUGUUAAUUGGUAGGUUCAAUGAGGUAUCCUCUUUUUGUAUUUAUAAUCACGCACAGUGUACAAUAUUCUCAUAAAUUGAUUAAAAAAAAAAAAGAAACCGUAAAAUGUUAUCGCAGUAAGUAUUUUUGUUAAAAGUGGAGUAAACCCAAUUCGUAAUAAUGAUAAGAUUGAGAAAUAAGAUUGAAAUACGAAUAAGUUUGUUUCGUUAUUAGUUAUCCAACGAAUUUAUACAAAUUCAUUACAAUGUAUAUAAAUAAAAUUAUUUUUUAAUAAAUUCGAUUACUAAAAAAAUACAUUUCAAUAAAAGCAAA